UGAGAUAUAAAAAAACUAUAUAAAGACAAUGCGUUGAAUAAUUAUUCAGCGGCCCAUUUGACGCUCAUAAAGGCCCUAAAAUGAAAAUCUGCUCGCUUCUUCUAUUCUUGACCAUUUUUGCAGCUCACCAAGCUGCCAAAAUCAAUUUCAAAGCUGGAGGAAACACGGAUCCAGAAAAACCAAAAAUCGUAUGUUACCACAGUGCUUGGGCACAAUAUAGACCCGAACCCAUGAACUACGAUAUUGAAGACAUUCCUGGAGAUAUGUGUACGCAUAUCAUUUAUUCCUUUAUUGGUCUUGACGAUAAAACAUGGAAAUUGAAAUACAUUGAUCCUGAAUAUGAUAUCGAAAAGCAGGGAUACAAAAGAUUCAUGGACAUAAAGAAGAAAUGGCCCGAUGUGAAAUUGAUGUUGGCUGUUGGAGGAUGGGACGAAGGUGGACAGAAGUAUUCAGAUAUGGUGAGCGACAAGAGCAGAAGAGAUAUAUUUAUUAACAGCGUACUCGAAAUAAUGCAGCAGUAUGGAUUUGAUGGUUUCGAUUUGGAUUGGGAAUAUCCAGGCGCUGCUGAUAGACAGGGAAAAUUUGCUGAUAAAGAUAACUUCUUAAAACUUGUUCAGGAACUCAGAGCAGCUUUUGAUCCACAUAAUUUGUUACUUUCGGCAGCAGUUCCCAUUCCAAAAUUUAGGCUGCAAGAAGGAUAUCAUGUCAGAGAACUUGGGCAGCUUCUUGAUCAGAUUCACAUAAUGUCAUACGAUUUACGAGGAAACUGGGCUGGUUUCGCUGAUGUACACAGUCCUCUAUACAAAAGACCCUUUGAUGAAUGGGCAUAUGAAAAAUUGAAUGUGAAUGAUGGCCUUCAAUUAUGGGUUGAUAUGGGAGCUCCUAAACAUAAAUUAAUCGUUGGCGUACCUUUCUACGGUAGAACGUAUACUUUGGGCAGUAAAGAUAACACGGAUUUACGAGCCGGAAUCAAGAAAUGGGAAGAAGGUGGAAAAGCGGGACCUUAUACCAAUGCUAAAGGAUUUUUAGCAUAUUAUGAAAUUUGUCCCCUGACUCAAAGUAAAAAGUGGACCGAAAAAUACGACGACAUUGGUAAAUGUCCAUACGCUUAUCACGAAGAUCAAUGGGUUGGUUAUGAAGAUGAAAGAAGCAUUGCCAUCAAGAUGGAUUUCAUUAGAGAAAAGAAAUACGGAGGUGGAAUGGUUUGGGCCAUUGAUAUGGACGAUUUCCGAGGUGUUUGUGGAGAGAAACACGCAUUAUUAAAGGUCAUGAAUGAGAAAUUGAAAGGUUACGUGGUACCUACACCCGAUCCUAACGAAGUGAUAACGGAACCUCCCAAACCUACGUGGUGGCGACCACAGACUACCACCAUCGACCCUUCUGCACCACCUCCGACACCCAGACCAACACCACCACCCGGUGUAGUUGACUGCAGCAAUCCACAAUGGCAAUAUUUUCCUCACGAAAGUGAUUGCAGCAAAUAUUAUUGGUGCGUACGAGGAGAACCCAUGUUGCAAGAAUGUAAAUCGGGCACAAUUUGGGAUACUUCAGCCAAUAUCUGUAAUUGGAAGGAAAAUGUAAAUCGUCCUGAAUGCGAUUAUCUAUUCAGAUCAUUAAUGUAUUAUAUAUUAAUAAAUAAUCACACGGAUGUAAACAUUAACGUUCUUUUAGAAUCUAUUAAUAUAUUUUNUGCAGCUCACCAAGCUGCCAAAAUCAAUUUCAAAGCUGGAGGAAACACGGAUCCAGAAAAACCAAAAAUCGUAUGUUACCACAGUGCUUGGGCACAAUAUAGACCAGAACCCAUGAACUACGAUAUUGAAGACAUUCCUGGAGAUAUGUGUACGCAUAUCAUUUAUUCCUUUAUUGGUCUUGACGAUAAAACAUGGAAAUUGAAAUACAUUGAUCCUGAAUAUGAUAUCGAAAAGCAGGGAUACAAAAGAUUCAUGGACAUAAAGAAGAAAUGGCCCGAUGUGAAAUUGAUGUUGGCUGUUGGAGGAUGGGACGAAGGUGGACAGAAGUAUUCAGAUAUGGUGAGCGACAAGAGCAGAAGAGAUAUAUUUAUUAACAGCGUACUCGAAAUAAUGCAGCAGUAUGGAUUUGAUGGUUUCGAUUUGGAUUGGGAAUAUCCAGGCGCUGCUGAUAGACAGGGAAAAUUUGCUGAUAAAGAUAACUUCUUAAAACUUGUUCAGGAACUCAGAGCAGCUUUUGAUCCACAUAAUUUGUUACUUUCGGCAGCAGUUCCCAUUCCAAAAUUUAGGCUGCAAGAAGGAUAUCAUGUCAGAGAACUUGGGCAGCUUCUUGAUCAGAUUCACAUAAUGUCAUACGAUUUACGAGGAAACUGGGCUGGUUUCGCUGAUGUACACAGUCCUCUAUACAAAAGACCCUUUGAUGAAUGGGCAUAUGAAAAAUUGAAUGUGAAUGAUGGCCUUCAAUUAUGGGUUGAUAUGGGAGCUCCUAAACAUAAAUUAAUCGUUGGCGUACCUUUCUACGGUAGAACGUAUACUUUGGGCAGUAAAGAUAACACGGAUUUACGAGCCGGAAUCAAGAAAUGGGAAGAAGGUGGAAAAGCGGGACCUUAUACCAAUGCUAAAGGAUUUUUAGCAUAUUAUGAAGUUAGUAUCAAUUAUAUUCAAUUAAAUUAUAAAUUUGAAAUUAAAUAAAAUGAUAUUAUGUAGAUUUGUCCCCUGACUCAAAGUAAAAAGUGGACCGAAAAAUACGACGACAUUGGUAAAUGUCCAUACGCUUAUCACGAAGAUCAAUGGGUUGGUUAUGAAGAUGAAAGAAGCAUUGCCAUCAAGAUGGAUUUCAUUAGAGAAAAGAAAUACGGAGGUGGAAUGGUUUGGGCCAUUGAUAUGGACGAUUUCCGAGGUGUUUGUGGAGAGAAACACGCAUUAUUAAAGGUCAUGAAUGAGAAAUUGAAAGGUUACGUGGUACCUACACCCGAUCCUAACGAAGUGAUAACGGAACCUCCCAAACCUACGUGGUGGCGACCACAGACUACCACCAUCGACCCUUCUGCACCACCUCCGACACCCAGACCAACACCACCACCCGGUGUAGUUGACUGCAGCAAUCCACAAUGGCAAUAUUUUCCUCACGAAAGUGAUUGCAGCAAAUAUUAUUGGUGCGUACGAGGAGAACCCAUGUUGCAAGAAUGUAAAUCGGGCACAAUUUGGGAUACUUCAGCCAAUAUCUGUAAUUGGAAGGAAAAUGUAAAUCGUCCUGAAUGCGAUUAAACGAAAAAUUUAAAAAUAAAUCAAGAAUAAGAUUAUUUUUAAAUUAAAAGAAAAAAAAUGUAAAUAAAUUAGUAAUCUUGUUGAACUGACCCAAUUCUUAAAACUGAUUUUAAAUAAAGUUUCAUGACAACAA